AUGGAGCUAGCCUCAGUCAGAGCCUCCGUCAGAGCCUCCACCAGAGCCUCCAUCAGAGCCUCCAUCAGAGCCUCAGUUAGAGCCUCCACCAGAGCCUCAGUCAGAGCCUCAGUCAAGAGCCUCAGCCAGAGCCUCCACCAGAGCUUCAGUCAGAGUCUCAGUCAGAGCCUCAGCCAGAGCCUCAGUCAGAGCCUCAGUCAGAGCCUCAGUCAGAGCCUCAGUCAGAGCCUCAGUCAGAGCCUCAGUCAGAGCCUCAGUCAGAGCCUCAGCCAGAGCCUCCACCAGAGCCUCAGUCAGAGCCUCAGCCAGAGCCUCAGUCAGAGCCUCAGUCAGAGCCUCCACCAGAGCCUCAGUCAGAGCCUCAGUCAGAGCCUCCACCAGAGCCUCCACCAGAGCCUCAGUCAGAGCCUCAGCCAGAGCCUCAGUCAGAGCCUCAGUCAGAGCCUCCACCAGAGCCUCAGUCAGAGCCUCAGUCAGAGCCUCCACCAGAGCCUCAGUCAGAGCCUCAGUCAGAGCCUCAGCCAGAGCCUCAGUCAGAGCCUCAGUCAGAGCCUCAGUCAGAGCCUCCACCAGAGCCUCAGUCAGAGCCUCCACCAGAGCCUCAGUCAGAGCCUCCACCAGAACCUCCACCAGAGCCUCAGUCAGAGCCUCCACCAGAGCCUCAGUCAGAGCCUCAGCCAGAGCCUCAGCCAGAGCCUCAGUCAGAGCCUCAGUCAGAGCCUCCACCAGAGCCUCAGUCAGAGCCUCCACCAGAGCCUCCACCAGAGCCUCAGUCAGAGCCUCCACCAGAGCCUCAGUCAGAGCCUCAGCCAGAGCCUCAGUCAGAGCCUCAGUCAGAGCCUCAGUCAGAGCCUCCACCAGAGCCUCAGUCAGAGCCUCAGUCAGAGCCUCAGUCAGAGCCUCAGUCAGAGCCUCCACCAGAGCCUCAGUCAGAGCCUCAGUCAGAGCCUCCACCAGAGCCUCAGUCAGAGCCUCGAGUCAGAGCCCAGAGCUCAGUCAGAGCCUCUCAGCUCAGAGCCUCAGUCAGAGCCUCAGUCAGAGUCAAGCCUCAGUCAGAGCCUCUCAGCCUCAGUCAGAGCCUCCAGGCCAUCAGAGCCUCAGUCAGAGCCUCAGUCAGAGCCUCAGUCAGAGCCUCAGCCAGAGCCUCAGUCAGAGCCUCAGUCAGAGCUUCAGUCAGAGCCUCAGUCAGAGCCUCAGUCAGAGCCUCGGUCAGAGCCUCAGUCAGAGCCUCCACCAGAGCCUCAGUCAGAGCCUCAGUCAGAGCCUCAGUCAGAGCCUCGGUCAGAGCCUCAGUCAGAGCCUCAGUCAGAGCCUCAGUCAGAGCCUCGGUCAGAGCCUCAGUCAGAGCCUCAGUCAGAGCCUCAGUCAGAGCCUCAGUCAGAGCCUCAGCCAGAGCCUCAGUCAGAGCCUCAGUCAGAGCCUCGGUCAGAGCCUCAGUCAGAGCCUCAGUCAGCAGCUCUCAGAGCUCAGCUCAGGUCAGAGCCUCAGUCAGAGCCUCAGUCAGAGCUCAGUCAGGCCAGCAGUCAGAGUCAGAGCCUCCAGCUCGCAGAGCUCCUCAGCCUCAGAGCCUCAGUCAGUCAAGCUCAGUCAGCAGAGCCUCAGUCAGAGCUCACAGACCUCAGUCAGAGCCUCAGUCAGAGCCUCAGUCAGAGCCUCAGUCAGAGCCUCAGUCAGAGCCUCCACCAGAGCCUCAGUCAGAGCCUCAGCCAGAGCCUCAGUCAGAGCCUCAGUCAGAGCCUCAGUCAGAGCCUCAGUCAGAGCCUCAGUCAGAGCCUCAGUCAGAGCCUCAGUCAGAGCCUCAGUCAGAGCCUCAGUCAGAGGCUCCGUCAGUGCGGCCUGUGUGCUCCCAAAGCUCAGAACAUCGUUUGGACAAUCCAGCUUCUCCUCUAG